AUGUUGCGACUCCCAGGAUGGUCGUCUGCGACCAUUGUACUUCUCUUCCUCGUGAAGGUCUUGUUAGCUCAACAAGACAUACUCCUCUUCCAGGAUGGCUCAUCUAACUACCGUCUUGCUAGUCAACAGACCGGCCCUCAGGUCUGGGUGGCUAAGAACGACUAUCCGGCAGUCCACCGGGCUUCUCAAGACCUAGCCGUCGACUUCGGCCGAGUGCUCGGCGUCAAUGGAACCAGACAGGUCGUCGAUAACCUUUCACAAGCAAGCAAGACCAAAAAGGCCCCCGUCAUCAUUGCCGGAACUAUCGGAAACUCUACCUUGAUCGAUGGUCUGGUUAAAGCAGGCAAACUUGCCGUCUCCGACAUUACCGGCAAGUGGGAGUCUUACACCAUGGCCCUCGUCAAAGACAUCUCGACAGACGUGCCUUGGGCUCUCGUCAUCGCGGGAAGCAACCGGAGGGGAACCAUCUUCGGACUCUACGCAAUAUCCGAGAAGAUCGGCGUCUCUCCGUGGUAUUGGUGGGCAGACGUCCCCCCCAAGACGAAGACCGGCGUCUGGGUGCGCGAUACUCGGGUAAUUCAGGGGCCGCCGUCCGUCAAGUACCGCGGUUUCUUCAUCAACGACGAGGCUCCGGCGUUGACAGGCUGGGCCACGAAGAAGUUUGGUCUCACGGCCACCGGCAGGCCCUUCAACAGCGAGUUCUACAAGCUCGUCUUCGAGCUCUGUCUUCGACUGAGAGCGAACUAUAUCUGGCCGGCGAUGUGGGGCAGUGCCUUCUACGUUGAUGAUGUGAAGAAUGGCCCCCUCGCUGAGGAGUACGGUGUCGUCAUUGGGACGAGUCAUCAUGAGCCUAUGGCUCGCGCAGAGAGGGAGCAACAGCAAGAGAUUGAGGGGGGUUGGAACUGGGAUGAGAACAAAGCUGAGAUUAUCGAGUUCUUCAGGGGUGGAGUUGAACGAGCCCGGAACUGGGAGACGAUGUAUACGAUGGGCAUGAGAGGCGAAGGUGACGCCGCAUCACCGACUCUCACAGCCGAAGACCUCGAAGAAAUCAUCCAAGUGCAGCAGUCCGUCCUCAAGGAGGGACUGAACGCUGACGAUAUCGGCGACGUGCCGCAGACUUGGGUUUUAUAUAAGGAAGUUGGCCGAUAUUACCAGACGGGCAUGAAGGUCCCAGACACGGUGACGCUCCUAUGGACUGAUGAUAAUGUGGGAAACCUCCUGCGAACGCCGCUGGCGAAUGAGACGGACAGGUCGGCCGGCGCUGGUGUUUACUACCAUUUCGACUACGUCGGUUCGCCCCGGAACUAUAAAUGGAUCAACACCAUCCAGCUCGUCAAGACCUGGGAACAGAUGCACCUAGCGUAUGAAAAGGGCGCCAGGGAGAUAUGGAUCGUCAACGUGGGCGACAUCAAGCCUCCCGAGAUCCCGACGGCGCACUUCUUGGACAUGGCCUACGACAUGUCCAAGCACGCCACGCCCUCCAGCACCAACACCUGGAUCCGCAGCUGGGCGGCGCGCGAGUUCGAAGAACGCAUCGCAGACAGAACCGUCCAGAUCCUAAGCACCUACGGCAAGCUCAUAGUCCGCCGAAAGUACGAGCUCCUAAGCCGGAAGCCCUUCGCGUACAGCGUCGCAAGCUACGACGAAGCCGAACGAGUGCUGAAGGAGUGGACGGAUCUCCUCGCCCUCGCGCAGAGCACCUACGACUCUCUCCCGCAGGCCACCCGCACAACCUUCUUCGAGAUGGUGCUGCAUCCCGUGCUGGCUGGGAAGACGGUCGUCGAGCUCUACAUCAAGGCGGAGCUCAACCUGUGGCGGCACAAGCAACGCAGGACGAGCGCCAACCAGCUCGCCAACGACGUGCAUAGACUCUUCGCCGAGGACGCUCAAAUCACUGACAGGUACCACAAGCUCAACGGGGGCAAGUGGGAUGUUAUGAUGUCGCAGACGCAUAUCGGAUACACCAGCUGGAACGAGCCGGCGGCCAACACCAUUCCCGAACUCCGAUACCACGACCAGGCGAACGUGCCCAGGGCCGGGAUCAUGGGCGUCUCUGUGCAGGGGAGUAAUUUGACUUCUCCAGGCGACCCGGAGCCCGUCCUCUUGUCCGUUGAUCCGUACAUGCCGGCGUCCGAUCAGCGUUAUCUCGACAUAUACACCCGCAACAACGGGUCCUUCACGUACGAGAUCACCGUCAACGCGUCUUACGUGACCGUCUCUAAUCGCACCGGUACGCUGAGCGCCCCGAACGGGGUCUCGGACGUGCGCGUGCCGAUCACCGUGGACUGGGACGCCGCUCCGGCAGGUCUGAGCUGGGUCGGGCUCCGGAUCCAGGCCCCGGACGCGGCGGGGAGCUGGCCCAUCACCGCGACGCUCCCCGUGCACAAGACCUCCGUUCUUUCCGGGUUCAAAGGAUUCGUCGAGUCGGGGGCCGUGGUGUCCAUGGAGGCCGAGCACUACAGCAGCGCCGAGGAGAAGAAUGGGCUAUCCUACAUGACGAUCCCCGACUACGGGCGCACGCUCUCCGGCGUGAAGUUGUGGCCGGUCACAGCGGACUCUCAGUCUCCCGGAGCGGCGGCACCGAAACUCACGUACGAUUUUCACACUUUCACGUCGAGCGCGUCGGCGAGGGUCGUGGUGUUCCUAGGUGCUACUCUGAACCACGACCCCAGCCGACCGCUGCGGUACGCCUUCUCGGUCGACGGAGGUAACCCGGUCACGGUGCAGCCUGUGCCUACGACGCCGAUGGGAUCGGAGCCGUCGGGUUGGUCGCAGGCUGUCAUCACCGGAGGAUGGACUUUUGCGUCGAGGAUCAAUUUGCCGUCUGGUAAGCACAGCUUGCACCUCUGGCUGCUUGAACCUGGGGUCGUUGUGCAGAAAGUAGUGGUUGAUCUGGGCGGUUUCAGGGAGAGUUCUCUGGGUCCUCCGGAGAGCGUUCGCGUUUGA